AUGAGGUUGGGUUCAGGAGCAACGCAGACCAUUUUAGCCUCUAGCUUGUCGGCUGGGCUCGGUCAGCAUGUCACGGAUUUGAGUGAUCAAAUUUGGACUGUGAGUAGUCCGGCUUUGAAUCGAACGGUACCGGGAUAUCUCCCUUCUCAUGUUCAUUUGGAUUUACUGAAGGCGGGGGUAAUUGGUAUAUACAAUGGUCUCAAUGACUUUCAUCUCCGUUGGAUCGCUGAUGCGAACUGGACCUACACCAGUGACCCAAUAAAGGGCCUGUACGAUGACCAUGCCUCCACUUGGUUGGUUUUUGAUGGACUUGACACCUUCGCCACUAUUUCAUUCUGUGGACAACCGAUCGCAUCUACCGAUAAUCAAUUUCGCCAGUACUCCUUCGAUGUAUCAACUGUGCUGAAGGGCUGUAAAGAUGACCCAGUAUUGAGCAUCAACUUCGGCAGUGCGCCGAGAAUUGUGGACGCGAUGGCUGAAGAUCCAAGCCUUGAAAAAUGGCCGGAUGGCGUGCAGUUGACCCACGAGUACCCGAAUCGUUGGUGGAUGCGCAAAGAACAGUCUGACUUUGGGUGGGACUGGGGACCAGCCUUUGCCCCCGCAGGUCCCUGGAAACCCGCUCGCAUUGUCCAGCUAGAUAAGCCUAACAGCAUCUAUGUUCUGAAUACAGACUUGGAUAUUUACAGGAAAGGCCAGAUCAAUUAUCUACCCCCGGAUCAGACUCAGCCGUGGGUCGUCAACGCCAGCAUCGAUUUCGUCGGCAACCUCCCCAAAAACCCAUCCAUGGCCAUCGAGAUACAAGAUGGAGAAUCCGGGUCCGUUUUUACAACCCAAAAUUUGCAUAAUAUUGUCAUCUCUGGAAACUCUCUCACCGGUGUGACGGUCCUGGACAAAGUUCAGCCUAAACUUUGGUGGCCGUCUGGUCUUGGUGACCAGAACCUCUACCACAUCACCAUUACAGUCACUGGGGGUCACGAAGAACCAGUAGCCCGUGUCACCAAACGCACGGGCUUUCGCACCAUCUUCCUCAAUCAACGGAAUAUCACCGACGCCCAAUUGGCGCAGGGGGUGGCCCCCGGGGCGAACUGGCACUUCGAGGUCAACGGCCGCGAGUUCUACGCCAAAGGCUCCAACAUCAUUCCUCCGGAUGCUUUUUGGCCGCGGGUCACAGAAGAGAAGAUGGCCCGGUUGUUUGAUGCGGUCAUAGUCGGGAAUCAGAAUAUGCUACGGGUCUGGUCCUCCGGCGCUUACCUCCACGAUUUCAUAUACGACCUUGCAGACGAACGGGGCAUUCUGCUCUGGAGUGAAUUCGAGUUUAGCGACGCUCUAUAUCCCGUUCAUGACGCUUUCCUGGAAAAUGUGGCCGCGGAAGUUGUCUACAACGUUCGCCGCGUGAACCACCAUCCGUCGCUUGCGUUGUGGGCUGGAGGAAACGAGAUCGAGAGUUUGAUGCUUCCUAUUGUUCACGGGGUAGAUCCCAAGGGGUACGCGAAAUAUGUGGGGGAAUACGAAAAGCUUUUUAUCAGUCUCAUCCUUCCACUGGUCUAUCAGAACACACGCUCCAUCUCAUACACCCCGAGUAGCACCACCGAGGGUUACCUCAAUAUCGAUCUCUCAGCGCCCGUCCCCAUGGCGGAAAGAUACGACAACAAAACCGCUGGAUCAUAUUAUGGCGAUACAGACCACUACAAUUACGACACUUCCGUAUCCUUCAACUAUCACACCUAUCCAGUCGGCCGCUUCGCCAACGAAUUCGGAUUCCACAGCAUGCCCAGCGUGCAGACGUGGCAGCAAGCGGUCGCACCUGAAGACCUGCACUUCAACAGCAGCGUAGUCGUGCUGCGCAACCACCACUACGUCGUCGGCAGCCUGGACACCGACAACUACGCCAACUCGUCGCGCGGCAUGGGUGAGAUGACCAUGGGCGUAGAACGGUACUACCCCAUUCCCAGCAACCCCGACCCGAUCGCCAACUUCAGCGCCUGGUGCCACGCCACGCAGAUCUUCCAAGCCGACAUGUACAAGUCCCAAAUCCAGUUCUAUCGCCGUGGAAGCGGCAUGCCCGAGCGCCAGCUGGGUUCGCUCUACUGGCAGCUCGAGGAUAUCUGGCAGGCGCCGUCGUGGGCGGGCAUCGAGUACGGCGGGCGCUGGAAGGUUCUCCACUACGCGGCGAGGGAUAUUUAUCAACCUGUCAUUGUGUCCCCGUUCUGGAACUACACUACAGGCGACCUGUCAGUCUACGUGACAUCGGAUCUUUGGGAAGCAGCCACGGGUACUGUGGAACUAAAGUGGCUGGACUUAUCGGGCCGCAGACUCGCUUCCGAUGUCGGCACGCCGUCAUCCAUCUCCUUCACCGUGGGGGCCCUCAACACGACCAAGAUCUAUAGUACUAACAUCAAGGACCUGUCUCUGCCAGACCAGAAGAAUUCCAUCCUUCUCUUGUCCCUCAACGGAAAGGGCCAACUUCCCAACUCUGAGGAUAUCGUGUCCCUCGACCAUUCCAACCACUUUACCCCGGUGUUUCCCAAGGACCUCGCUCUCGUGGAUCCGAAAGUGAAAGUGUCAUUCGAUGCUAAGACAAAAACCUUCACCGUUGAAGCCCAGUCAGGCAUCUCCCUCUACACGUGGCUUACCCACCCGGAAGGCGUGGUAGGCUAUUUUGAAGAGAACUCGUUUGUCCUAAUUCCGGGUCAGAAGAAGACUGUUGGGUUUGUCGUCCAGGAGGAUAGAACCGAUGGAAAAUGGGCGCAAGAGGUGACUGUUCAGAGUUUGUGGGAUCAGAAGGCGUAA